CUGGGAAUUGUAGUUCGUAUCUAGUCAACGAACACGACGGUUUCAGGCAGAAAACGCCAGAAAAGCUGUCGAGGCUGGGAUUGGCUGAGGAACCAGGAUAGGUGCACGUGACGCAAUAUUAGCGCGCCGGACGUGUCCAUCAGUUGCUCUCCGCGCCACUCCGGAGCAUGGCGGGGUUCGCUGAGCUCGGGCUGUCCUCGUGGCUCGUGGAACAAUGUCGGCAGCUGGGGUUGAAGCAGCCCACGCCGGUGCAACUCGGCUGCAUCCCGGCAAUCCUGGAGGGUCGAGAUUGCUUGGGCUGUGCAAAGACAGGAAGUGGCAAGACAGCCGCCUUUGUGCUUCCCGUCUUGCAGAAGCUGUGUGAGGACCCUUACGGCAUCUUCUGCCUGGUCCUGACACCCACCAGGGAGCUGGCCUACCAGAUUGCUGAGCAGUUCCGGGUGCUGGGAAAGCCCCUGGGCCUGAAGGACUGCAUUAUCGUUGGCGGCAUGGACAUGGUGGCGCAGGCGCUAGAGCUCUCUCGGAAGCCGCAUGUGGUGAUUGCCACCCCUGGGCGUCUGGCCGACCACCUGCGCAGCUCCAACACUUUCAACAUGAAGAAGAUCCGAUUCCUGGUGAUGGACGAGGCGGACCGGCUACUGGAGCAGGGGUGCACCGACUUCACCGCAGACCUGGAGACAAUCCUGGCCUCCGUUCCGGCACGCAGGCAAACGUUGCUGUUCAGUGCCACGCUGACCGACACCCUCAAGGAGCUGCAGGGCCUGGCCACCAACCAGCCCUUCUUCUGGGAGGCGCAGGCCCCGGUGCGCACGGUGGAGCAGCUUGACCAGCACUACCUGCUGGUGCCGGAGAAGGUGAAGGACGCCUACCUGGUGCACUUGGUCCAGACCUUCCAAGACCAGCUGGAGGACUGCUCCAUUAUCAUCUUCACCAGCACCUGCAGGACCUGCCAAAUCCUUUGCAUGAUGCUUCGGAAGUUCAACUUCCCCACAGUGUCGCUGCACUCCAUGAUGAAGCAGAAAGAGCGCUUUGCAGCCCUGGCCAAGUUCAAGUCCAGCGUCUACCGGAUUCUUAUUGCCACUGAUGUGGCCUCGAGGGGCCUGGACAUCCCUACUGUGCAGGUGGUCAUCAACCACAACACCCCUGGGCUCCCCAAGAUCUACAUCCACCGAGUUGGUCGAACAGCCCGUGCAGGGCGGCAGGGACGGGCCAUCACACUGGUGACGCAGUAUGACAUCCACCUGCUGCAUGCCAUCGAGGAGCAGAUCAAGAAGCAGCUGGAGGAGCUGGCGGUGGAGGAGGCCGAGGUCCUGAACAUCCUCACGCAGGUCAACGUGGUGCGCAGAGAAUGUGAGAUCAAACUGGAGGCCUCGCAUUUCGAUGAAAAGAAGGAGAUCAACAAGCGGAAGCAGCUGAUUCUGGAGGGGAAGGUGGACCGGGGUGGGGAGGGCCCGGUGGGCAGGGCCAGGCGUGGGGGUGUGGCCAGUAAGGGUGGGCUGGGCUUGGGGAGAGCUACCCUGGGAAGCUUCCCUGCGCCUGCCUUUCUCAGCCGCUCCCUUCCUCAGGACCCGGACCUGGAGGCUAAGCGCAAGGCGGAGCUGGCCAAGAUCAAGCAGCAGAACCGCCGCUUCAAGGAGAAGGUGGGGCAGACGCUUCGGCAGCGACAGAAAGCAGGGAGCGCCCGCCGCGGGGCGGGCCCCAGAGGACCUCAGUAAACACUCCGAACCUGGCAGUCUGACUUGAGAAUGAGGCGGGAUGGGUGCAGGCUGCGGGUCUCUGGUCCCCAAAGCCUCUGUUGCCCCACGGGGAUGACCACUGAGGCCCUCCUCCACAUCCCUGGGACGAGGGUGGCAGCAGCCAGCGGCAGCAGGUGCCCGCAGCGCCACGCACUUGUACAGCCACGUAGAAAUGCAAUCUGGGUAUCAGCGCCACCCAUGGAUUCUAGAAAACUCUACACAGUGCAAAGCUCAGCGGCAGCCCUGGGCCCCUGCCAGGGCACCUUGGGGUCACAGACCCACGGGGCCAACUAGGGUGCCGCCUCUGCCAGGCGCGCCAGGCCCUCGCGCAGCUCGCUCAGCUCGAACAGCCGCACGUCCAGCAGUUGUGCGGCCCGGCCCACCUCUGCCCGCGCGCGCUCGCGUUCCGCCCGCGCCUCCUCCAGGCUGCACUCCAUUGCCCGCAGCUGCUGCUCCAGUUCGGCGUUCCGUGUUUCCAGAUCCUACAGGGGAGGAAGGAGCGUGGGGUGGGGCAAACUAGGAGGCUUCUGGUUGCCCUUCCUGCUGGGUGUGGUCCAUGGCUCCCACAGGCUGGGACACAACAGCAGUAAAGUGUCCUAAAAGUCUGAGGUGCCCAGUGUGAGUUCAGAGCCCAGCAGCCACAGAAGCAGCAGCUAAGCAUCCCAGUGCUUGGGAGACAGGAUUCCCUGGAGCACACUGGCCCGCCGAAGCCUUUCCCAGCUGUUUCUAAGAGCAAGAUGAAGGGCUGGGGAGAUGAUUCAGUGCUUAAGAGCAUGAACUUCUCCAGAGGACCUGGGUUCGCUUCCAAGCACCCACAAGGGGCGACUCAACCAUAUGUGACUCCUUGGGGAUCCAACACCUCGGAGGGAAUCUGCACGAGUGUAGCUAACUCACACACAAUUAAAUGUUAAAACCUA